AUGGACAACACACCCCUCCACCCAGCCAUAACCACCCUCGCCCCGGACCCGAGCGGCACCCGCCACGGCGCCUUCCUCGCCGCGAUCCCGCACAACCGCUCCAUGUACCGCACCACGCUCUGCCUGCGUAUCGCCUCGCUCCUCCUUGCGCUGGUCAUCCUCGGCGGCGUGCUGGGCUCCAUGCGCGAGACCGACGACAUGUACGUCAGCAACUGGGCCAUGGGCAGUCCGACGUCCGCGCUUGCGAUGCUCUGGAGCGGCGGCGACCUCGUGGCGCUGUUUGUGAGGGAUAGAGGCGUGCGGUGGACGAAGAGCAAGGACCGGCCGCGGAGUACGCGGUUUAGUUGGGGUAGCCCGGGGGGGCAUGUGGCGGCGCAUUUAUUGAUUUGGGCGGCGACGGCGGCGACGAUGGGGGUUGUGAUUAGUGGGUGGUUGUCGUAUAUGGAUUUGGAUCCGACGUAUUGGCAGGUUGAUGAGAGGCAGACGCAUACCAUGACGGCGUUGAUAUUCUUCAUGUUCUGGCUAAUGGUCGUGCACUUUGCGCUGUUCGUCUUCGCGUGCGUCGAGGUCGACAAUAUCAGGCGGCAGUACUCGGACGUGGUGUUCGUGCCGAGGGGCGAGCUGUGCGAGAUGGUCCCCGUGCCGCCGACGAGCGCAUGGGAGAUCUUCGUGCCGAGGAGGAUGAUGCUGAGUUAUUUUGCGAACCAUUAUGUGAGGUUUGUGCCCGGGGCGGACGGGAGCGUUACGGUGGCGAGGGAUUACAGUAGUCGGCAGGCGAGGUUUUGA